AUGGCCCAGGUCAACAACUUUGUGCAGUCAUCAAAUCUGAUACAAAGCUCCAACAUCGUUAACAAGGCUCAAAAAGCUAUUAUUAGGCAUACUUGGUACAAUGAGACUUAUGAUCAGGCCAGGUCAGACAUGUUUGGUCCAUUCAGACAUGACCACCAUUGCUGGUACCAAGAUAGCUUGAUUGGUGUCCUCAGCCUGGAUGUGCAGGCCAUGCUGUCAUAUCAGGCCAAUUUAGGCCAAAUCAUAUGGUUUGGAAGCUGGAGUGGAUAUGGCACCGACUGUGCUUACAUUAUCAGCAAGCUGAGCGUGCAUUUGUAUGACCCUACAUACUGCUUUAUUUUUGAAAUGCUCUGGAUAGACAUGACCUAUGUCAAAGGCUGCGUAGCCCACUCAAACUGCUACGCAUUUGCCAGCUCGCAUGAAGUCAAUUGUAGCAAGGUCAUAGAUUAUUAUACUGCGACAUAUUUACAUUUGCACAAGCAAGCAGUCCUCUUUUGCUACACGCAAUCUUCUGAAUUAGCUUCACAAGUUAUCUUGAUGGCAUCAUCAAAUCAGAGAUCAGUGGUGCUACCUUCCUUUGCACGCUCCUGUACACACCAUAUAUGUUAUGCCAUAUAUGGUGCCAAAAAGUAA